AGGACCCAGCAGGCGGCGGCAGGCGGCAGUUGUGUAGAUCGCUGAGAGACUACGAGGGUCCGGUUCAGUUUUAAUUCUGUCUCUAAUCUCCGCAACAGCGGCGCUUCCUGGGUCCCGCGGCUCCCCUGCUCACUCAGCCGAGGCUGGCCGCCAGGCGAAAAUCAAAGCCGCCUCCGCCCCAUCACCCACAAUGGAAACCCUCCAAGAAAAAGUGGCCCCGGACGCGUGUGCCUAAGGAUUCCGCACGAAAGAAGUGCCCAAAAUGAAGACCCUGGCGCGCCAUGGUCUGGCAGUGUGUUUAGCGCUCACCACCAUGUGCACCAGCUUGUUGCUCGUGUACAGCAGCCUCGGAGGCCAGAAGGAGCGGCCCCCGCAGCAGCAGGCGGCGGCGACCCUCAGCUCGCGGCGCCCGGCGGAGAGCAGCCCCCCGCCGCGCCCGGAGACCCCCGCGGGACCGCGGCCGCUGGACGGAUACCUCGGCGUGGUGGACCACAAGCCCCUGAAAAUGCACUGCAGGGACUGCGCCCUGGUGACGAGCUCGGGGCAGCUGCUGCGCAGCCGGCAAGGCGCCCAGAUUGACCAGACAGAGUGUGUCAUCCGCAUGAACGACGCCCCCACGCGUGGCUACGGGCGCGACGUGGGCAACCGCACCAGCCUGCGGGUCAUCGCGCAUUCCAGCAUCCAGCGGAUCCUGCGCAACCGCCACGACCUGCUCAACGUCAGCCAGGGCACCGUGUUCAUCUUCUGGGGCCCCAGCAGCUACAUGCGUCGCGACGGCAAGGGCCAGGUCUACAACAACCUGCAGCUGCUGAGCCGGGUGCUGCCGCGGCUGAAGGCCUUCAUGAUCACGCGCCACAAGAUGCUGCGGUUCGACGAGCUCUUCAAGCGCGAGACCGGCAAAGACAGGAAGAUCUCCAACACUUGGCUGAGCACUGGCUGGUUCACCAUGACGAUAGCCCUGGAGCUCUGUGACAGGAUCAACGUUUAUGGCAUGGUGCCCCCAGACUUCUGCAGGGAUCCCAACCACCUUUCAGUACCUUAUCACUAUUAUGAACCUUUUGGACCUGAUGAAUGUACAAUGUACCUAUCCCAUGAGCGAGGACGGAAGGGUAGUCAUCACCGAUUUAUCACAGAGAAACGAGUCUUUAAGAACUGGGCACGGACAUUCAAUAUUCACUUUUUUCAACCAGACUGGAAACCAGAAUCUCUUGCGUUAAGUCAUCCUGAGAAUAAACCUGUGUUCUGAGGAAUGUGUGUGGCCAGACGGAAAUCCUAAGAAUCCCACUGUAUCAAACAUUGGGCCACUGAACUUCCUAAAAAACCAGACAUGAAAGAGGAACAGAACUGGUCGCAGAAACAGCUUCCUCCUCAAGAGGUACCAUGUAUAGAUGCCUCUGAGGCAUGACUACAAGUAGUGCAGUUGGUCUAUAAGGGAAGAUUCCAGAAUUAAUACAUCCUAGUGAGUGUUGUCCCUUUCUAAAGGGGUUACCUUAGGAGCCAAAUGCGCAUUUCAGUGAUGCUGCCGUGGCAAAAAGUGUGUAGGAUCUUUUUAAGUAUUGCCUUCGAAACUGAGACAUAAACAACUCAGCAUUAGAUGUAUCCCUUUGUAGAAAUACCACCUCUAAAGUCAUUUUUCUAUCAAAUUGUAUCCUAACCUGAACUAUAACCUUUGUUAUCUGUUGGACUCUGUAUGUGUGAUUUAUAAAGAGCAGCCUUGAAAA